AUGCAUCUCCACACUUUGAUCGCCCUGCUUCUCAGCUUCCUCGUCUCCAUCGUCCGGUCCGCACCCACCGACGGAAACGACGGAAGGGAUCGGUACUGGGAGACAGACAUCAAUCAUGACUGUGGUCGCGUCGAGACGGGUGCGAAGUACCAACAGGUAGGCGCCAUGCAGUGGGGGUACCCGGACUCCAAUGGUCAUCUCCCGUUCAGCUACAAUACCAAGGUGUGCCUCACAAAGGAGCCCGGAUACGAUUGCAUACGGCUUUCAAGCGCCGAGGAUCACAAGGUCAACCGCUUCUAUCUUGCUACUGGCUUUUUCAUUGCCGUCUACAGGUACAUGUUCCUGGGUUGUAGGAACAAUGGUGACGAUGUUGCUAACUUUGAGAGUGACGACAAUUGCAUGAACGACAAGGUCACAGUGCAGGGUCAGAGUGGCUCACUUUUCGGGGAGUACAACAUUCACAGCUACAGGGCGUGGGCGCAUUGA